AUGGAUUUUGCAGCUCUAAUGAGCAAGGAGAUUUCCAAGGCCAAGGGCGACACUUCCAAGUCAUCCGACGCACAGAAGGACACAAAGGCUCCCGCGAAGAAGUACAUGCGCCGAGGUGAAGUCGAGGCUGCAAGGGUUGCCGCAUAUCAAGAGGAGCAAGAUCGAUUACAACAAGAACGCGAGGAACGUCUAGCAAAUAAACGCAAGCUUGAGGACGAAACCACAGAACACCGGCUGCAACAAGAGAUGAAAAAACAGAAAUUCGCCGAAGCGUCGAGGAAACGAAGGGAGGAGGAGGAAGAGAGAGAGGAACGUGCCCGACGAAGGAGACUAGGUCUCCCUGAUCUCCCCGAAAAGAGCGAGGACGUGGGCGAUAAUGCAGCCACCGAUGCUGCUGAGGAGGAUAUCGAGGAGGAUGAGCUUUUCGAGAGGCUACGGGAGCUCGACGAACCUACGCGACUAUUUGGAGAGAAUCAUCGCUCCCGGCUCCGGAGAUAUCGUCGUCUAGUCCUGCGCGCUGCCACGUUGAAAAAGACGACCGAUGGACCUAUCCCGACCAUCUUAGAACCUGUUUCUGGCGGAGAGAUGAUUAUUCCGGCCAAGAUCCCAGACGAGAAAGAAGGUCAACUAUUUUUAUUUCGCCAGCUGGGUUCGUAUUUCAACAUGGUUCUCUCAGAGUGGGAGCUUGCAUUGGCGAAGCGUGAUCUGUCGGUCCGUCAGAGCUUCCAGGGAAAACAAGCACACAAUGCCCUUGUACAAUCCCGCGAAAGCAUGAAACCCUUGUUCCGUCGAUUUGAGCAAGGAGACUUGGAGAAAGGGCUGCUGGAACCUAUUGUCGAGAUUGUGCACAAGGCGCAGCAACGGAGAUACGUCGAUGCUAAUGAUGCCUAUCUCAGGGUUAGCAUUGGAAAAGCUGCGUGGCCCAUCGGUGUUACGCAAGUUGGAAUCCACGCUCGAAGCGCACGUGAAAAGUUGAAUCAAAGCGAGCAAAAAGCACAUAUUUUAAGUGAUGAACUGACUCGCAAAUACCUACAGAGUAUCAAGCGGUGCCUGAGUUUUGCGCAAGUUCGGUGGCCACCGGAGGAUCUGCUGCAGAUUAUGGGCUAG